AUGCAGCGAAUUCGCAAACUUUCCGGCUCCCUUCGGGAUGCGUUCACUUCACGUCCCACGAAGCAGGAUGGUGAAUCUUUCUUUGACGACGACAAGAAGAACAAGAGGCAUAAACCCAAUAUUCUGCCCUCCCUGAGCCGGCAGACAUCGCGUCAGAAAGUCUCCAAAGAGGACAUCCAUUUCCCGCACGUUAAACCAUUCGACGAACUCAACGUGUGGAAUGGACGCGGGGCGCAAGGAUCAGCCCUCCCAUCCGUCGUCCUAGCAUGGACGGCCGAUCACCUGUCGCCCGAGCGUCCUCGUGCACUCGCUCUGGACGAUGGUCGCCGCACAAGCACCGUGCCGUUCCCAGACCACUCCAGCGGCACAAGAAAAGGUAGCGGACAAGAUGACCUGCCGCCCGAUCCCCCGUGUAAGGACGUGCGGUACGACCCUUUCGCCCCAUACACCCGUCCCGCACACUGGCGCAGCCCGUCCCAAGACAGCACCUUCGAGUGCGCAGCAACCCUCCAGCCCCUCAACCCGCGCAAGACCAACCUUCCCCCACCGGCAACAGCCCGCCCCGCCCGCAAGCACAGAGAGCGUCCCAAGGCCCCGUCGCACCAGGCGCACGCGCAGUACCGCGCCCCCGCCGCCGAGCCACCGCUUGAGACACAGGUGACGGUGCGACGAAGCGGCGCUAUCCGCCGCUCGUCUUCCGCAAGCGAGGCCGAACUGCCCCCCAUGCACCGUCGCGCGCAUUCACGCGACCCAUCCGCGGACUCGACCCUCAACGCGGAGCCCGCGCAGACGCGUGGGCGGGAGCGGGAGCGGGAGCUGGAGCGGGAGAGGGAGAGGGGGAGGGAGAAGGAGAAAGAGAAGGAGAAGGAGAGGGCGCACGAUCCCGACCCGAAGCUGCGGACAGUCAAGUCCUCCCCGAUGUCCUCCAGCGGGCCCUCGCCCGCGGACGGGCACGUCCCCGCGCUGCCUGCGCACCCCACGAUGCACCGUCAGCGCCAGCCGAGCGAGCGGUCCGUUGAACACUUCGACAACCCGCAGCGGCUCCCGACCCCGCGCCGCUCCGAGGAACACGAGCGGCGCGGGCACGCACACGCACGCGAGCGGGUGCUCCCGCCGCAGCGCCCGCUGCCCGCGGCGGCGUGCGUGCUCAUCAAGGACAGCGCGCGCCCGCAUGCGGUGCGCGUCGAAGAGCCGGCGCUGCUCCUCGCGCGCGGCGCGUCGUGCCGCGCGCAGGCCUGCGCCCACGACACUCGGCCGUCGCGCGACGGCCGUGCGCACGCCGGUGCGGCCCAGGGACACUAUCGCACCCCGUCGUCGUCCGCGGACCACGCGCACGGAUCCCACCCGGUUCAGCCCGCCGGCUCCAUGCAGGCGGCGCGGCGCGGCUUCGAGGCAGCGCGCGACAAGCGGCAGCGGGAGGUCUCGAACCAGACGCAGCGGCUGCGCAUUCGAAGAAACAGAACUAGACGAGCACUUCCGGCUUCUCCAUUUUUCUCUGCGCAUUCGGCAUUCGACUUCCCGGUUCGUCUUCACCGUUACGUUCUCAGCAAGGGCCUGGAGUCCUCUGAGUCCACCGCACACUCCUUCACCCCGUUACGUCUUCUAGUUGUUGAUCCUAGAUCAUCCUCCCCACCGUUAGAGCUUCGCAUAUUUGCCCUCAUGAUUCUCCGUUGUUAUAAUGUUGUAGCAUAG